AGUGGCUUUUUCCCUUUCAUUAGUCUCCCAUCUAACACUGCAAAAAAAUGACACAUACCCCCUCCUCCACUCCCUACCUUCACCUUUCAUGUUAGCAGUUAAUUACUCUCCACUUUAGCAUGAGGCCUUCCCACCAUCACCAUGGAUAAUAACAAUAACAACAACAACAAACCAAUCAAGCAAGAAAACCACAAAGAUCACCAUGAUCAAUAUUCCCCUAAGAAACUUCCAACCGUUCCAGCCACCGGCUCAAACGUCGGGGCUGAUAGGAUGAAGAGAGAUGAGUGGAGUGAAGGAGCCGUUUCGAGCCUGUUAGAGGCUUACGAAGCCAAGUGGACGCUUCGCAACAGAGCCAAGCUGAAAGGUCACGAUUGGGAAGAUGUGGCUAAGCACGUGUCGUCACGCGCCAAUUCAAGCAAGUCACCGAAAACACAAACGCAGUGUAAGAAUAAAAUUGAGUCUAUGAAGAAACGGUACCGUUCUGAGUCUGCUACUGCUGACGUGUCGUCGUGGCCGUUGUUUCAUCGGCUGGAUCUGUUGUUGAGAGGCAGUGGUGGUGGUGCUGCUGCUCCGGUGAGGACUGCUGUUCCGGUGACUAGUGGUGGUGAUCCGGCGUCGUCUUCGGUUCCGGUUUCGAGUAAUUUGAAUAUGAUCGUGUUUGAUCAGACGCCUGUAACGAUUUCACCUCCGACGACGACGACGAUGAUGAUUCACUCAGCGGCUGUGCCGGUGAGUGUGUCGAUGCCUGUGCCGGUACCGGUGCCGGUUUCGAGUCCGGUGCAACAUGGAAUUGAACAGAAUUCGAUUGAUUCUAAUGGCGUUGAUCCGGAGAAUAAGGAAGAAGUAGUCGUUACAAAAAUGCCUGUAAAUCAACUAUCCGAGAAAAUGGAGAUCGAGACCGAUUGUAGCACCCCGGCAUUGUAUAGCAACGACAAGGAAAAAGAAAAGAUAGAGACGAAAAAUCACAAAACGAGGGUACGAGAGAGCAGAAAAAGACGAAGAAAGGGAGACAAUUGGGACGUUGCCGAGAGUAUACGAUGGUUGGCGAAAGUAAUGAUGAGGUCUGAGCAAGCUAAAGUCGAGACAAUGCGGGAAGUAGAGAAAAUGAGAGCGGAUGCUGAGGUUAAGAGAGGUGAACUUGACCUAAAAAGAACUGAAAUAAUCGCGCACACUCAGUUGGAGAUCGCUAAGCUCUUCGCCACGUGUUUGGGAAAAGCUGUCGACCCGUCUUUGAGGAUAGGGCGAAAUUGAGGGGAGUUCGGGCCGGAAUUAUUAUUUUCCGACCAUUUUAUAUUUUUAUGCAUACUUUUUAUGUAUUAAUUAUUACAAAAAAAUUCAUACAAAUUUAUGCAUCUAUAUAAAUAUAGAUGUAAAGUUUGUUUGCCAUAUUGAUGGGAGGUUUGUAUCUUUAUAAUUGUAACCAAACACCUGAUAAGAUUAUAUUUAACAGA